UGGCGGCUCCAGCGACACAACUGUUACUCGGCCAAAGUUUACUGCCCUGGUUUUUACGUUAAAGCAAUGAAUACGUACGACAACAGAGGAAUCGAUAACGAAGAGAUUGGCGGCUGUGAGCAGAGGAGAGGACUUGCAGAAAGAGUGUCUCUUUUGGGAAGAGUUCCCUCAACUUCUCUUCGCCUCCUUGAUUGAAGUGUCUUAGUCUGGGUACCACAGGGGGAGAAGCUCCGCAAGACGGAAAGAGUGGACACGGAAGUUUGAAACAAACCAAUUUCUGUAAUUUUGAAAAAGACCAGUUGCCAAGUGUGAAACUGCUCACCAGAAAUGUUUUUGUGAGACGUUCAUGUGCACUUGUCUGAGGUCAUUAGCCAACUGUUGACUGUUCGAUGUGCAUUCAAGGGUCUGGCGCUUCACACCACCAGCAGACGUUGGUUAGCUUUCAUGGCUAUCUUCAACGUUAGCUGGAGGUCGCCAGUUAACCAACAAUCACAAUGUUUCUGUGGCCGUAUUCCUGUCAAAUGCCUUGUUUUGUCAUCUGAAGUGCACAGACUUCAUUAAUGUAUGAUAAACAGGGUUACCCUGGAGUGACACAGAUCUGUGCUGGUGAUCUGCACUUCCCUUUCUCAAGGAGAGGACAGUUUGAGUCAGGAAAGGGUUCCUGUCUUCUCUCGAUCCUCUACCUUUCUGGUGAGCAACUGAGUCCAGCUUGGAGAGUCCCGGCUGCAGCCUGGCAUCCUGCCCUUAUGGGGCAGCAGCCGGGAAAGCUUGUAGGGGACCAGAGGAGACCCAGUCUACCAGCCUUCAUCCUGGGGGUAAAGAGAGAGUCAUCACGCCAUGUGACCAAGCCUUUGAAUGUUUUUGAUAUCCAUGAAGCUCUCCAGAGACCAGACUUUGAGGGUCAGGGUCUGACAGAAGCAGCCCGCUGGAACUCCAAAGAGAACCUGUUGGCAGGACCCAGCGAGAAUGACCCCAACCUGUUUGUUGCACUCUAUGAUUUUGUCGCUAGUGGUGACAAUACACUAAGCAUUACCAAAGGAGAGAAGUUGCGUGUGCUGGGUUACAACCACAAUGGUGAGUGGUGUGAAGCACAGACCAAGAAUGGCCAAGGUUGGGUGCCGUCCAACUACAUCACACCAGUCAACAGCCUGGAGAAGCACAGCUGGUACCAUGGACCUGUGUCGCGCAACGCUGCCGAGUAUCUUCUCAGCUCGGGCAUCAACGGAAGCUUUCUGGUCCGAGAAAGUGAAAGCAGCCCUGGACAGAGGUCCAUUUCUCUGCGGUAUGAGGGGAGAGUCUACCAUUACAGGAUUAACACUGCAUCUGACGGCAAGCUAUACGUCUCGUCAGAGAGCCGUUUCAACACCCUGGCAGAGCUGGUGCACCACCACUCCACUGUCUCGGAUGGCCUCAUCACUACACUGCACUACCCAGCACCAAAACGCAACAAACCCACCAUCUACGGAGUUUCUCCCAACUACGACAAGUGGGAGAUGGAGCGCACUGACAUUACCAUGAAGCACAAAUUGGGAGGGGGCCAGUAUGGGGAGGUAUAUGAGGGUGUCUGGAAGAAGUACAAUCUCACCGUGGCAGUCAAGACACUAAAGGAGGACACAAUGGAGGUGGAGGAAUUCCUCAAAGAGGCAGCCGUUAUGAAAGAAAUCAAACACCCCAACCUGGUUCAACUGUUGGGUGUGUGCACACGGGAGCCACCAUUCUACAUUAUUACAGAGUUCAUGACCCAUGGUAACCUUCUAGACUACCUGCGGGAGUGCAACAGAGAGGAGGUCAAUGCUGUGGUGCUGCUUUACAUGGCCACACAAAUCUCCUCGGCCAUGGAGUACCUGGAGAAAAAAAAUUUCAUACACAGGGACUUGGCAGCACGCAACUGUCUGGUUGGGGAGAACCACCUGGUGAAAGUUGCAGACUUUGGCCUGAGCAGACUAAUGACUGGAGACACAUACACAGCCCAUGCUGGGGCUAAGUUCCCCAUCAAGUGGACUGCUCCAGAGAGUUUGGCCUACAACAAGUUCUCUAUUAAGUCUGAUGUCUGGGCAUUUGGUGUGCUGUUAUGGGAGAUUGCCACCUAUGGUUUGUCUCCUUACCCUGGCAUUGACCUAUCCCAGGUCUAUGAGCUGCUGGAAAAAGACUACCGCAUGGACCGACCAGAGGGCUGUCCUGAGAAGGUCUAUGAACUUAUGACAGCCUGUUGGAGGUGGAACCCCUUAGAACGGCCAUCUUUUGCUGAGACACACCAAGCCUUUGAGACCAUGUUCCAGGAAUCCAGCAUCUCUGAUGAGGUGGAAAAGGAGUUGGGAAAGAAGGGGAAGAAGGCUACAUUAAGCUCCAUCCAGCAGGCUCCAGAGCUACCCACCAAGACCAGAACUCCGCGCAGAAAUAUGGAAAACCGGGAUGGAGACGGUACAGACCUAGUGGACCCAGAAGUGGUUGUGUCAUCACCAAUGCUUCCUAGGAAAGAGCGCCCCCUGCUGGACAAUAAUCUAAACGAGGAUGACCGUUUGCUACCCAAAGACAAAGACAAGAGUCGUAUUGGAAUACUCGGCCUCAUUAAGAAAAAGAAGAAAAACGCCCCAGCACCUCCCAAACGCAGCUCCUCUUUCAGAGAGAUGGACAUCCACCCCGACAGACGGGUUGUGACCCCAGAUCCUCGAGACAUUGGCAGUUUCAACAAUGGUGCAUCUUUGUCUCUAAAUGAUGCCAUACAUGGCUUUGAAACCUCAAAGUUCUUGGAUGUCACCAAUAAUGGAGCCACCACCAGUGGUGCUCCUAACUACCCAGGACCUUUGUUCCCCCGAAAGAAGGGAACUCCAGCAGUGCUUGGUUUAGGUGGUAAGACAGCUACAACACCACCUAGUGAGGACGAAUCCAUUUCUAAUACAACCCGUUUCCUGAGGUCCUCUAACAUGUCCAACGGCCGAGAUGGCACUGAGUGGAAAUCUGUCACACUGCCACGAGAUCUAGGCCAACACCACUUUAAAUCAAGCACUUUGGAAAAUAAGCCAGCUCUGCCACGAAAGAAGACCAAUGAGCAGAAAGGGGAGAAUGCCCCUCGAAUGGGCACCCUGACUCCCCCACCACGCCUGAACACAUCACCAGAUGUUUCCUCUAUCUUCCUGAGCAAAGAUAGUUCCAGUCCAGGUUCCAGUUCGCAAACAUUGACACCCAAGGUGGUCAAGAGACCAGGUUUGCCGGGACAGGAAAACUCCAAGACUAGUGCUCUCCAUGCUGAGCUUUCUAAGCCCAAUGUGUUUCCUGCUUUGGGUGCAGCUGGAGAUGAGUGCAGAGCUCGCAGAAACAAGCACACUGUAGAUUCCUUGUCUGUCAGGGAAAGAGGAAAAUUGCAGAAACCCAAGCCAGCUCCACCUCCACCACCCACAAGUGCCAAAACAGGGAAGAUCUCCCGUAGUCCUACUCAAGAACUUAACUCCCCCACAGACAUCAAAGGCAAGGGCCUUCCUUCCAUCUCAGAUUCUCAUCAUACAAUCCCUGGAAGUGACCAACCUCGUUUAACCAUUGGUGAGGGCGCCAAAAAGCUGCCUUUGGGCUCCACUUCUAAACCUCAACCGCUAAAGCCCUCUGUGUCCUCCACUUCAGUGACCACCUCACCUUCUAGCCAGAGCCUGGGAGGCUUGUCUUCCCCCCUCGCCUCUCCCAAUGAUCAGAGCUCACCUGCAUUCCAGAGAGCAUCAGGAAUUUUAGUGGAUCCCAGACGCUCUCUCCGCAAAACUGCACCUCGCCAAGCAUCAAACUCAGCCGUGACACGCGAGAUGGUGCUGGAGGGAACCGAGUUGCUACGGGCAGCCAUUUCUCGCAACUCAGAGCAGACCGGUAGCCACAGUGCUGUGCUGGAGGCUGGAAAGAACCUGUCAAAGCACUGCACGAGCUACGUUGAGUCCAUCCAGCAGAUGAGGAACAAGUUUGCUUUUCGAGAGGCCAUCAGCAAACUUGAGAACAACUUGCGUGAGCUUCAGAUCUGCCCCACUGCCACAGGGGGAUCCAACACACAGCAGGACUUCAGCAAGCUGCUGUCCUCUGUCAAAGAGAUCAGUGACAUUGUUCAAAGGUAGCGCCAAAAAAUCACCAGCUACCAAGACAAGGAAAUUAACAUGAACUAUGUUUUACCCCUUCCAAGCUGUGGCCAGUGUUGAGCUCAUGGUAGAGGGUAAAGCCUGUUUGAGAGCAGCAGCAGCAGCAUAUGCUCUCUCUACAGUACGCUCUGACUUACUUCAGCCUGUGGUUACUAUGGACGAACUCUAAGGAAACUUAUGUGGAUGUCUCUUACCAGCCUUAACUAUGAAUGCACAUUGUCAUUUGGCCUUAAUAUGAGGCUAGGGGCCAAUUCGUCAUCAACGUGACUUUUUUUGAAACUAUCAUGUCUUACAUAUUUUGCUUUUUUCCCAUACAUCACUUGACAUUAACAAAAAAAAACCCCUUCGAUACUUUCUUCCAUCAUUGAUGGUGUGUUAAUUAAUGCUGCGACAAUGAGCAAAAACAAAUAAAUUUAACUUCAUCUUUUUCCAGGAUGCCUUACAACACGUGUGCUUGUAUUUUCCAUUGACAUCUUUAAGAAUUCUGGAAAACAAACAAGUCUCAUGUUCUUUUUCUCUGCAUUUUGUCAUCGGUGACUGGUUGUAUACUGAGAUUAAAUUUUAUCUCUUUGUAUGGACGCUUUCUGCAGUAUUUGCAACUGUGUGCCAUAAAGACGCAUUUGAGGCAAAAUGAGCCUUCAUCUUUUUGCUUUUCUGCACACUUAGGUAAAAAAAAAUAGUGCCUUAAACACUAUUAGAAGGGCAGUUUUGGUCUUGUCACUUUCAAGUGCAGAUGAAUGGCCUUGGCUAAAUUGCGCCACAUGCUUAAAAAUAGCUGUGUUUUGAUCAUUUUCUGUUAUUUUAAACAUAAAAACAAGCAUCAGUAAUAAAUGCAUUGGUUAUAAAUGUUUGCCAUACCAAAAACUUCAGUCUGUCCUAGAGAGGGACCAGGGUGUAGGAUCUGCAUCUUAGUGGAUCUGUUUUAUAUUGUCCUUUGACUGGACCUUUUUAUAUAUAUAAUAAAAUUAUCUAUAUACAUGUUUGAUUCAACCUUCUCUAUAUGCCAGUCAUAAAAAGCCAUCAGUAGCAAUUUGGCCUUGCAGCAUUAUGCUUUUUCAGUAAAGAGGGGCACCAGACUGACUCGGUGUUUCUCUGGCAGGCUUCUGCUCCUAAAAGAGUGGAGGUCUCACAUUGUCUAAAUGCUGUUGCAGAUGCCUUUCCUCCCCAGAAAGAAAAAUAUAUCCUGGGGGAAACACUGGACUGAGAUGUUUAUGGAUCUGUCACUUUGUCUUACACAACAUUUUGUAACUUGGAGGGUGUCCAUUGCAAGAUGUUUCUUCCUUGUUUGCAUCUCUUGGACAUUUUCAGUAUUUGUGCUGUAGUCGGCUCAUCCCACAUGCCCUGACUGACUGCGAUGCCUGAGGACAAAAGUCACCGCUACCUGCCUUGACUUAAAUAUGGUACUGUCGUUGCCUUUUUUUUUUUUUUUUUUUUUACCACUACUCGACUUUUGUGUCUAAGCCUCAUUCACCAAUUUUGUAGACAUAUUUUCACUACAUUUGUAAAUGUUUUCUUUUUCCCUUUCUCUAACUUGGGUGCAAUUUUUGUUGCAAUAAAAUACAAAGCAGUUGUGCUACUUGAAA